AUGAAUUUUGAAUCCAUCACCGACCUCAUCACGCAAAAGCUGGUCGGUCUGGACGCACUCGGUGAUAAUGACAUCCACGGUACUUCUUUGAAAGAUCUUGGCCGCUUGAUAGGCAUACGUAACACGAUCUUCGAGCUCAACAUCUGUACAACGCGAAAUUACGGCGAACACCUGGGCAUCCUCGAUGCGUUUUCAACAAAGAUGGUCACCGUUCUCUUCGCUCUGAACCCUGUGGACGCAACGUCAGAUCUUCGUUGCCUAAAGACGUUAGAGGAGUGGGCCGCGCUCGGCUUCCAGACGACGAAGUAUCCUAUAGCGUCUUCAGAAUCCGGCAGCUUGCUCGAUUAUGUCGUCUUCACGGGGCUGAAUGCCCUAUCGGAGGCGUUCAAGAAGGGACCCGUAGUCGCAGACGAUGCCAAGUCAAUGAGGACUCUGAAGGUUCACCAAAAGUCCAAUAAACAGCACCUUGGUUUGGGCGAUGGCGUUUCAGGAGGUGCGGUCGGCGACGUGGAGAUGGGCAAUCUCGAAUUUAAUCAAGAGAAUCUCAACACAGUAGCAUGGGUUCCUGAGCGCGAUCAAGGAUCUUCUCAUCAUCCGCCGCCGAGUCUAGACCGGCGUACAUUGGACGCCCAUAUCACGAGCCUGUUGUCUCGGCUGACGGCUGGGGAGCAUGAGCUCAAGCAAGCGAAGGAGGACUCAGCUCAUAUUCUGCACAUUGAGGGCCUCGAGGAAGGUCCACGCAAUCAAGAAGCCAUGAUCGUGACCUUGAGGACAAGGGAAGCUAGUCCAAGAACAGAAAUCAGAGGUUUGAAGGAGGACUAUGUCAAGCAUACGGACCGUAAAGCUUACGCCAUAGAUAUGUACAAUGAACUGGUCGAAGAACGAUCGUCUCAAAUCACCAAGGCUGUGAAGAUAGAUGAGCUCAAGGAGGAUAAAGAAGCCCUACCCAAGGAGCUCCGGGAUGCGAAGACCGUUAUUGACGGGACGAAGCCAAAUCCACCAUUACCAUGGUUCUUUGAGCGCUCAGACGAGGGUGUUGUCAAGGCGAAGGAGCAGAAGAACGACUCAUCCGCGUCUUCGACGUAUGUGCCUGUGUGUUUGAGGAAUACUCCAGGGGCUAGAAUGGUGGGUAGUAUAUGGCCGAAGGAUCCGGCGGAUGAGAAUGAUAGGUCUUCAUCCUCUGUCGGAGAGGCGACCCCUACCUUCAGCAAUGGUUCGGUGCAAUUCACCAACAAGUCCUGUGAUGUCUACAUGGCAGCCGAAUCUUACUUCCUUAUCUGA